AUGGCAAAUAUCUCCUUAGAGGUUUGUGGAAAAGUGGAUGAAGUCCUGAGUUCCUCCAUGGGUGUGAUGAGCCAGUGGAGUGAGAUCCAGCAGAUUUUGCUGGAUUCAGGGCUGGCUUACCAGCAGAAGUGCACCCCUGAUUUGUUCCUUUGUCAUCCCUUGAAUAGAGGUGGCACUGGAAUCAACCCUUUCAGCAUGCACAGAAAGGGGUCCACCAUCAUUGCUGCAGGUGCAGACAUGCAGCAGUUGGGUGGAAGUGUUGCCAUUGAAAUUUCCACUGAUGAUGGCACAAGGAAAUCCCAAAUUGAGUUCAACAAGAAAAUGGUUGUUGACUCAGAGAAUUUGAUGGCCAUGCCAACAGGCAAAGAGAGGUACCUCACUUGUGCCAAGGGCCACACCACUCAAUUUUGCAAGGCAAUUGUUGCUUGCUGCAAGACCUCAGAGUCCAGCAUUGCUGGGCCCAAUGGUCACUUGGGCAGCCAUUUGCUGAAGGACAAGGAGUUGGCCAAAAUGAUCCAUGAAGGCUGGCAGUGGACUAUUGUCAAGAAUGUGGUUGCUGAGAAGUGGCCAAGCCUUCCUUCAAUCAUUGAAAGUGCUGGAAACAGCUCCAACUCAACAUAUGAACUGCAAAAUGAGGUGCAGCUCAUGUCCAGCAUUGUGCUGUCCCAGAAAGGCAAGUUGCCAGGUGAGCUCAUGUAUACCAAGAGUGCUGUUGAUCUCUGCCAUGGAGGUGCACUUCAAGGAUAUGCAAAGCAUGUUGGCAAAUUUGUUCAGCUCUAUGGAGGUGGGCAAGAAGGUCCCAUGAUCAAUUUCUUGGCUUACAUGUCCAAACAAUUUGGUGGCAACCCCAUUCUUGGAGAAGAAUUUAUGACCACAAUUGUUGACAUCCAGUUUUCCAAGACCACUUUGCACCCCAUGGUCAAGCUUGCAUUGGUGGUGGCCAACUGCACUACUGACAAGGUGGUUGACUCAGUGGCCAAGCUCAUCACCAAAACAGAUGUUGCUGGCUUGAAACAGAAGAAGUAUGAAACCAAGAUCAAUGAGGUAGAGGCUUCUUUGACUAAGUUUUGGGACAAGGUCAACAAAACCCAGUUGGACCAGGCUGUGAUCUACAAGUUGUUUGGCAGGAGCUGUUGUAGAUAUGCACUCCAUCUAUGCAACAAAGAGAAACAGAGCAAGGAUGGCAAAGAAAAAACAAUGGAUGAAUUAGAAAUGCUUCAGAGUGAUGACUUAGCACAGGCAACAAGUGCAGGUGCUGCAGCCAGUACAUCCAAGCCCAGUGGUUCAGGCACCCAGGAUUCCAAGGAGGUAGCUUUUGAGUUGCAGCAGGCAAAGAAUCCUAUGUUCUUGGCAGCCCAGUUGUUGGACCUGAAGGUUGGCAACAAUUUCACUGUCAAAGACCAGCCAGCCAACAGAAUUUUCACCCUGGUUGCUGUAGAAGCUGACAAGGUGACCUUGGAGCAUGUCCCCUUACUGGAACCCACCAAGAAGAUCACCAUGAAUUUUCUUUCCACAGAGAUUGCUGCUCAUCUCAAAGCCACCAAGUCCAAGAUGCCCAAGCUCUUUACAAAUGCCCAGUUGCAACUGAUGUGGCCUUCCAACUCUGAUCCAUGCAUGGAAGAAACAGAGAAGUGUUCCCUCUUUGUUGUUCUCCAGGAGGCAUACAAUUUCCUGGAUAUGGAUGAGCAUGAAGUCAUGGUCCAAAGCACACCUCAUGCCAUGUGUUUUGCCCAGAAGGAUAUGAAGAAGAACUACAUUCAGCUGGUGCCAUGCCCUGAGAGGCUCCAGAACAUUGUGACAAAGAAGCCACCAGUCAAGAUCUUUGGGGAGGUUACCUUUCAGAUGAAGACCUACUACAUCACACCUAGCAAGGCUGUGAAGUGGGAUGAAACUAAGCAGGUUUAUGAGGGUACUAUGUGCCCAUUUUGGAUUUGCUCAAAAGAAGAUGAAGAAGGUUUGCUAGAGUUUAAGUGGAUCACCCACAGCCAUAAGCUGGGGGAUGUCAACAUCAAAGUCUUGACCAACAAUAGCCCUGUCUCAGCCCACUGCCAGCUGAGUUUGAAGGCACCACCCAAGGACAAAGAUCCAAUGGGCCAUCCUUUGAAGAAGCACAAGAAACAGUGCAGCAAGGGGCUUUCUGAGCUUUUGGGGAUGAGGGCUCAAAAGAUGUCCUCCCAGUUUCAGGCAAAUGACCUUUUUGAAGAAGAUGCAGAGUCCAGCAAGACUGCCAAGAGAAGGUUCAUCAAACCUGGUCCAAUGGCAAAGGCCUCUGCAGCCAAGGCUCCCAAGCCUGUUAUCAGGCCAGCUGCUCCACAGGUUGCCAUUGCCAGAGCUGGGAAGCCAACUGAACCUCCUGGACCACCUCCUAAGGCCAGUGCUUCAGGCAGCAAGCCAGCUGAAGGUGUGGCACAGAGGAUUUCCAAAGGGUUGAAGGAAGGAGGUACUGGUUUGCAUGAUGACUUUUUGGCUACCAGGAAGACUGCAUACUUAUGGUAUUCAGCUCACUUUGACACCUAUUUCCUUUCCAGUGAAGUUGUCAAGAACAGCCAUGAUGACUCAGCAUGGCAGAAUGCCACUGUGAUUGGUUGGGUGUCCAAAGAUCUACAGACCAUGUACAGCCCCUGGAACUCAGGUACAAAGGGUGGAGGUGGAAAGGCAUAUGGUCCUUGGAAACCAGAAAAGCCUGUUUUGAAGACUGGUGCCAAAGCUCGGUUAUGGUAUGCAUUUUGGAUCAUCAUAGUAGUUGCACAACUUGUGCCACAGCUUGCCAUUGUGUGCAUCAUGACAUGGUCUGUGGACAAUAUCAUCACUGAGAUCAAAGAUGUUGGGGAGCUUCUUCACUUCAAGAAGCAAAAUGGUGCUAAGAACAUGGAGCAAAUUGAAUCUACUUUGCUGAGGAAUGUGACUUACAAGUUGGAUACCAUGUGUCUUUCCCCAACAGAUGCCUUGCAGAUUCAAAAGGCUUUGCAUGAUGAUCCAAAUUUGACUUCUGAUAUGAAAGGCAUUGUGAAUGUUGCCAUUGAUGGCAGCCUGACCAGGGAGAAGGGUAGAGAAGACUAUUCACACACAUACAAACCUCAGAGGAUCAAUGUGCCACAGUACUUGACUAUGUCUGAUUGGGAUACCAUCAAGAACUCCCAGAACUACCACACCAAGGUUACUACAGUGUGCAGGAGGCUGAGGAGCUUGGGGGUGAGAAGUUUGGCAGAACAGUCUGUGAAGAGUGCUGUGGGUGCCAUUUUGAGUGGCUAUCAGGAUUUGCCUGACCAAGCCACCAUGUACCAGAUGGUGCAGGAUAUCAAGCUGGGCUUUGCCAGCAUUCCUGACCAAGCCAAUGGCUUGUGCUUUGUGGUGAAGUACCCAGAUGAUCCAACAAAGCUAUCACCACAGUUGUAUGCCCAUUGCUACUCAACUGAGCAUCCUGCACAGAUCAUCCCUGACAAGCUGCCUAUGAUUUUGAAGCUCAUUCCUUUGAGGCACACCCAUGCAUCUUUGGCAAAAGCCAAGCCAGUGCAUGCAGCACCUUCAGCUGGGUCUGCUGCCUCAUCAUCACACACUUCUUCUCAUAUGGCUAUGGCUCCAUUCAUGGAGAUUGCUACCAAUUUGGCAGCAAUUGUAAAAGAUCUCAGCAGGAAGCCAUCUGCAGAUGACAUCAACUUGACCAUGAACCACAAUUUCCAGAAUGGCCAAACAGGACCCUCUCCUGCAGAGAUUGAAAGCUUCAAGCCCAAGCUCAGGACUAGCACUGUUGAUGCACCUCAGGUGCAGCCAGCUGCAGCUUCUGUUGCUGCACCUUUGGCCUUGGAGAAUGGGAAUGGCCAGACUGAUGAGCCUGGCAAUGUCCAUAGUGGCAAUUCUCUUGAUGGUGCCUCCAUUGAGCAGGCUGCCUAUGAUGCCUUGCUUGCCAGAAAUGGCAGCAAAACAAAAGGUGAAGGCAAGGGCAAGGGCAAGGGCAAUGUCAAAGCCCAGAAGGCCAAAGCCUCAGCCAAGCCCAAGCCUAAGGCCCAUGCCAAAGGCAAGGCCAAAGCCAAGGCUUGCCUCAAGAGACCUGCAUCUGCAAUGAUGCCUUUUGUCUAUGAUCCUGGUCACCCUGGUGCUGAGUGGGGCAAGAGAACUUUGGAUUCUUGGAGCUCCAAGCACUACCACUCCUCCAGGCAAAUGGCAUUGAACCAAGGCUUCACAGAUGAUGAGGCCAGGAGCUUUGCAAGGGAUGCUAGGUAUGAGAACAGACCUUGUGGUGCUUCACAUUUUCCAGAAGCUAUUGCCAUGCAGAGCUGCAUCAGAGAUGCAAACCAUGAGGUCUACAGGUAUCCUAUGGCCUGGCUCUGUGAGACCUUCUGGGAGAUUGGCAACCCUUUGCACCAGCCAUCUCAGUUUCAGGAGGAUCUCUUGUGGCAUGACAAUUUGGGGAAAUUGUUUGAACCAAAAAGGAAGAAAGCCAACAAACUGGCAGGCACCUUCAAAUGCACUGCCAGUGAAGCUUUGGGACUUGCACCAAUUUUUGCAUACUUCCUGCAAACCAUUAUAGUGCCAAAAGGUUUGUGCAAAGAUGAAUGCUUUGCCUACGUUGCAUUGGUGGACAUUUUGGACCUGAUCCAAUUGGUAUGCCCUCAGAGUUUGCAAGAUGGAAAAGACAAAAUUCAAG